AACCUGUCUUCUCUACCUUUUUACAGUGACUCCUGGGCAGCCUCACACUCCCGAGGUGAACACCAUCACCAAGACCACCAUGUUGGUGGAGUGGAACAAACCGGGGGUGGAUGGUGGCAGCAUGGUGACAGGAUACUACCUGGAGAGGCGUGACAAGAAGAGCCUGCGCUGGAUCCGGGUUUACAAAGAGGCAAUCUCAGACAUCAAGAAGAUGGUGUACCACCUGACAGAAGGAAACGAGUACCAGUACCGAGUGUGUUCCAUCAACAGGGCCGGAGAGGGACCGUUCUCUGAAGUUUCCGACUACUACAAGGCUGCGGACCCUGUUGAAACUCCGGAUGAGCCUUGCAAGCUGAAGGUUGUUGACUCCACCAAGACCUCCAUCACCUUGGGCUGGUCCAAGCCUGAAUGGGACGGCGGCAGCGAGGUGAUCAGCUACAUGCUGGAGAAGCUUGUUGAGGGAGAAGAAGAGUGGGCCAUGGUCACCGCCAAGGGAGAAGUCAAGACCACUGAGUACAUCAUCCACGACUUGAAACCAGACGUCAACUACUUCUUCAGGGUCUCAGCUGUGAACUGUGCCGGCCGUGGAGAAUCUCUAGAGAUGACCGAGGCUGUGCAAGCUAAAGACAUCCUGGAGGAGGCCCAAAUUGACCCUGACGUGGCCAUGAGAACUCACUACAUCGUGAAGGCCGGUAAGGAUGUGGAGCUGUCUGUUCCUCUGAAGGGCCGACCAGCUCCCACCGCUUCCUGGAGCAAAGGAGAGGAAUGCAUCGACAGUAACCCCAAAUACGAGUUCCACCACUCUGACAACACCACCGUGCUGGUUAUGCGUGAGGUGACUAGGCUUGACACUGGAAAAUACACAGUGAAGAUAGAGAACGGUGUUGGAGAGCCAAAAACGCUGACCCUGUCCGUGAAGGUCCAGGACACCCCGGCUCAGUGCAGGAACCUGGUCCUGAAAGACGUGACUCGUGGAAAGCUCACUCUCUGCUGGGAGCCUCCACUCCUCGACGGUGGUGCUGAGAUCACAAACUACAUCGUAGAGAAGAAGGACUCCUCCAAGAGGAUCUACUCUGCAGUGACCAGCAAAUGCACAGAAACAACAUACUCCCUGGAAGACCUCUCUGAGAAGGCCUCCUACUUCUUCCGUGUGAUGGCGGAGAAUGAGAAUGGCGUUGGCGAUCCCUGCGACACCCUGGACCCUGUGAAGGCCACAGAGACUCCUGGCCCGGUCAAGGAGGUUUCUAUGAAGGAUUCUUCCAAGACCUCGGUCACCCUGCAGUGGCUGAAGCCAGAUUACGAUGGUGGCAGCAUCAUCUCCGAAUACGUCAUUGAGCAGAAGCUGAAGGGCGAAGAAUGGUCUCGGGGAGGAACCAGCCGACAGUGCGAGCUUGAGGUGAAGAAACUGAAGGAGCACUCCACAGUGUUCUUCAGAGUGGCGGCCAGGAAUGAUAAGGGACAGGGAGACUUUGUUGAGAUGGGUCCUAUCCAGGUCAUCGACUACAUUAUCACGCCUGAGGCCUGCCUUGCUGAGUACCCUGGAAGCCGCAUCAGUGUCCGUCUGGGUCACAACGUCCAUAUCGAACUGCCCUACAAAGGUAAACCCAAACCUGCCAUCCUCUGGCUGAAGGACAACCUGCCUCUAAAGGAGAGCGACCAGAUCCGCUUCAAGAAGACGGAGAACAAAGCCACGCUGAAUAUUAAGAAUGUGACGAAGGGGAAUGAAGGUAAAUACACCCUGACCCUGGACAACAGGGUCAACAGGAGAUCCUUCCACAUCAACGUCAUCACGCUCGGACCGCCAUCUAAGCCAAUCGGUCCCAUCCGCCUGGAUGAAGUGAGAGCUGAGAGCAUCACGAUCUCCUGGGAUGAACCAAAUGACGAUGGCGGCGGAGACAUUGCUUGCUACACCGUUGAGAAGAGGGACACCUCCCAGUCUGACUGGAAGAUGGCCUGCUCCAGUGUAGAGGACACCCAGUACCAGAUCGCUAACCUGAUCAAGGGCAUUCAGUACCAGUUCAGAGUGCGUGCAGAGAACAGAUACGGCAGCAGUGAGCCUCUCGUCUCACAGAGCGUCAUUGCCAAGCACCAGUUCAGGCCUCCAGGCCCGCCCGGUAAACCCGUGGUGUACAAUGUUACCAACGACGGCAUGACCAUCCAGUGGGAGCAGCCCAUCUACGACGGGGGUUGCCCCAUCCAUGGCUUCAAUGUGGAGAAGCGGGAGAAGAACAGCAUCAUGUGGCAGAAGGUGAACACCGUGCUGGUCAAAGAGACAGACUACAGGAUCCUGGAGCUCAUCGAAGGCCUUGAGUACUCCUUCCGGGUCUACGCCCAGAACGACGCCGGCUGCAGCCGAAUGAGUGACCAUAGCAAGUUGAACAUGGCGGUCAGCCCUGUCGAUCCCCCGGGCCAGCCCGACUACACCGAUGUGACCAGUGACUCGGUGACUCUGAAAUGGGAUGCACCUAAACGUGACGGUGGCAGCAAGAUCACCAGCUACAGCCUGGAGAAACGCCAAGGCAAGGGCCGCUGGUUCAAGGCCAACCUGACUGACGUGCACGAAUGCGAGUAUACUGUCACCGGCCUGGCACUGAACGAGCGCUACGAGUUCAGAGUGACGGCCAGGAACGCCAUUGGCGUGGUCAGCCCUCCCUCCAACUCCUCAGGCUUGAUCGUGGUCAGAAACGAGAAUGCUUCUCCGUUGAUUGAGUUUGGUCCGGAGUACUUUGAGGGUUUGACAGUGAAGGCAGGAGACAAGAUCCGGCUGAAAGCCACCAUCACCGGACGCCCUACCCCUAAAGUGGUCUGGUUCAGAGACGGUGUGUUAGUUACCAAACAGAUGAUGGACAUCAUCAACGUGGCUGGAUCCAGCACGCUGUUUGUCCGGGACGCUGAUCGUACACACCGCGGUCUCUACACUGUGGAGGCUACCAAUGGAUCUGGAAACAGAAAGCAGGACAUCCUUGUUCAAGUCCAAGACACCCCCGGGGAGCCGCUGGGACCCAUAACCUUCAGCAACAUCUCGGAAGGAAAGUGUACGCUGUCCUGGAGCGAGCCGGAGAAUGACGGCUGCUCAGAGAUCACACACUACCUCAUUGAGAAGCGUGAGACUGCCAAGAUCUCCUGGGCAUUGGUCUCUGACGAGUGUACAGAGUGCACCUUCGAUGCUAGCAAGCUCAUCAAGACCAACGAGUACCAGUUCAGGGUCUCUGCUGUGAACAAGUUCGGUAUGGGCAGACCUCUGGAGUCCACUCCCGUCAUUGCACAGAUGCAAUACACUGCUCCUGAAGCUCCUGGCACUCCUGAUGCUACGGAGAUGACCGGUGAGAGCAUCACGCUGUCCUGGAUGGCUCCUACCUCUGAUGGAGGUAACCCCAUUCAGUCCUACAUCGUGGAGAAACGAGAGAAGAAGACUGUCAAGUUCUACAAGGUGAUCACCAAGAAGCCCAUUGUAGAGUGUGCCCACAAGGUGCCCAACCUGACGGAGGAUAUGGAGUACGAGUUCCGCGUCAUGGCCGUCAACGAUGCCGGCGUGGGAGCUCCCAGUAACGUUUCCUUACCGAUCAAAGCCGCCGAGCCCAAGGACAUUCCCUGUGCUCCGUCUGUGGUGUGUGUGUCCGACUCCACCAACACCUCCAUCAGCCUAGAGUGGUCCCGACCUGCCGAUGAUGGUGGCAUAGAGAUCAUGGGUUACAUUAUUGAGAUGGCGAAGGGAGAAGAAGAGGAAUGGACGAGAGUAAACGAAGAGCUCGUGGCAGAGACAAACUACACAGUGACUUCUCUACAGACCGGCGGUGAGUACAGGUUCAGAGUGGCUGCUGUAAAUCACAUUGGCCGUGGCGAGGAGCGGGAGAUCCCCGAGCCAGCACAUGCCGUUGACAGACAAACGCCACCAAUGGUGGACAUCGACGCCAGCUUCAGGCAGACACACAUCGUCAAACCUGGAGCUUCAGUUAACCUUGGCGUCAACUUCAGAGGAAAGCCAGUCCCGACGGCAACCUGGGUAAAGGAAGAAGAAGAGCUGGGAGUCAAGUCAGAGGUCACAAGUUCAGACGGCUUCAGUUCUCUGAGCAUUGAGAACUGCUCCAGGAACGAUACUGGAAAGUACACCGUGACCCUGGAGAAUACCAGUGGCAGCAAGGCCGUCACCUUUACUGUGAAGGUGAUGGACACGCCCGGACCACCGCAGGCUGUGGCCUUCAAGGAGAUCUCUAGAGGCACCGUCACCCUCGUCUGGGAGCCUCCUCUUAAUGAUGGCGGAGCGAGAAUCCAUCACUAUGUUGUGGAGAGGCGCGAGGCUAGCCGCCGCACAUGGACACAGUCUGGAGGCAACUGCAAGCAGCACAUCCUGAGGAUCCAGGACCUCCUGGAGGGAGUGCCGUAUUUCUUCAGGGUCUCAGCAGAGAACCAGCAUGGCAUGGGCGAGGCCUUUGAGAUAACCAAUCCCAUCAUCGCCACGGCAGAGCCGGCGUCCCCAAAGAGGAUGGACAUCCUUGACACUACUGACAGCACCGUGGUGCUGGGCUGGCUGAAACCAGAGCAUGACGGCGGCAGCCGCAUCCAGGGCUACAUCCUUGAGGCCAAGGUAAAGGAUGGAGACAAAUGGAUGGUGGUGGGCAAUACCACCAAUCUCACCUACACUGUGGAGAAGCUCAACAAGGGAGACGAGUAUAACUUCCGUGUGAAGGCCAAGAACGAGUCCGGCUGCAGCACGCCGAGGGAAACUCUGGUGGCUGCUCUGGUGAAAGAGCCGCACAUUGAACCCGCUGCCGACCUCAGCGAGAUCCCCAACCAACUCAUCACAUGCAACUCAGGAAAGACUUUCACCAUCGACGUCCCCAUCAGUGGCAGACCCGUUCCUAAGGUCACCUGGAAGCUGGAGGAGAUGAGGCUGAGGAACUCCGACAGAGUCUCCAUCCAAACUACAAAGGACCGGACAACCAUUUCCACGAAGGAGGCCAUGAGGGGAGACAGUGGUAAAUACUUCCUCACCCUUGAGAACGUAACCGGAACCAGGACCUUCUCCAUUGAAGUGAAUGUCAUGGGCAGACCUAAUCCUCCCACCGGAACCGUGGAGAUCACAUCCAUCACCUCUGAGUCCUGCGUCGUCAACUGGGAAGCGCCAGAAGAUGACGGAGGUACGCCGAUCACCAACUACAUCGUGGAGAAGCGUGAGUCCGGCUCCACCGCCUGGCAGCUCAUCAACUCCAGCGUCAAGCGCACCACUCUGGAUGUCGGCCACCUCACCAAGUACAUGCAGUACAGCUUCAGGGUGUCCGCAGAGAACCAGUUCGGAGUCAGUAAGCACAUCGAGUCUGAGACCAUCGUCGCCGAGCAUCCCUUCACCCCCUCUGGCCCCCCAACACAGCCCUCAGUGUGCAACGUUACCGCCAACACGAUGACCCUUAAGUGGGAGGAGCCUUACCACGAUGGUGGCAGCAAGGUGACGGGCUACUGGAUCGAGAAGAAGGAAAGGAACAACAUCCUGUGGGUGAGGGAGAACAAGAUCCCCUGCUUUGAGUGCUACAGCAAGAUGGAGGGUCUGGUGGAGGGCCUGGAGUACCAGUUCAGGGUCUACGCCAUGAACAGCGGCGGCCUCAGCAAGGCCAGCGAGGCCUCCAAGGGGGCCGUCGCCCAGAACCCUGUCGAUGCACCCAGUAAACCCGAGGUCACCAACGUCACCAGAUCCACCGUGUCCCUGAAGUGGUCUUCGCCUCUGAACGACGGCGGCAGUCCCAUCGUGGGCUACAUCAUCGAGCGUAAGCCGUACACGCUGACCGGCGAGGGUCGCUGGCUGAAGUGUAACUACACCAACGUGAUCGACACGGUGUACACCGUGACGGCGCUGGGCGAGGGCGAGCCCUACGAGUUCAGGGUCAUCGCCAAGAACGCCAACCAGGUGUUCAGCCUGCCGUCACAGUCCACCGGAUCCGUGCAGUGCAAGACCGACUUUGAGCCUCCCAAGGCGCAGCUGGACAGCAAACUGCUGACGGAGAUGGUGCGGGUCAGGGCCGGUUCAGACCUGGUUCUGGACGCUGCCGUUGGAGGCCGGCCGGACCCCAAGGCUUCCUGGGCAAAGGGCACCAGGGAGCUGGAGCUGUGCGAGAAGUACCACCUGCAGUACACCCCCACACGGGCCAUGGCCAUCAUCAAGUUCUGCGACCGCGACGACACCGGGAAGUACUUCCUGACCGUCAGGAACGUGAGCGGGACCAAGACCGCUGAGGUCAACGUCAAAGUGCUCGACACCCCUGGGGUGUGCGAGGGCAGCCUGGAGGUCAGCAGGAUCACAGAAGAGUCCUGUUCCCUCACCUGGAAACCUCCUCUGGAGGACGGCGGUGACGACGUGUCCCACUUCCUGGUGGAGCGCCGUGACACCAACAGACUGAACUGGGUCGUCAUGCAGGCCGAGUGCAAGGAGGCGACCUAUGACAUCACCAGGCUCUUCAAGAACACAGAGUACCUGUUCAGGGUCCGCGGGGUCAACAAGUACGGCACCGGGGUUCCCCUGCAGUCCGAGGCCAUGGUGGCCAGGAACACCUUCACCGUGCCCUCUCCUCCGGGCACUCCAGAGAUCCUGGUCUCAGCAGAGGACUUCGCCACCAUCGAGUGGCUGAAGCCGGAGAGUGAUGGCGGCAGCCCGCUGCUUCAUUAUCUGGUGGAGCGCCGCGAGAGGAAGAGCGCCCGCUGGGUGAAGGUGAACCGCGACGGCGCUCACCUGGACUCCACGCUGAAGGUGUGCGGCCUCACCGAAGGAAACGUCUACCAGUUCAGAGUGACCGCCAUUAACAAGGCGGGAGAGAGCGAGCCCAGCGAGGUCUCUCUCUACGUCGUCUGCAGGGAGCCCACAUAUUUGGACUCUGACGUUCACUCCCUAUAA